AUGGAUUUAACCGAUUCGAGAUUUCCAAAGAAGCGUGAGAGUCGGACACGCGCGCCGACGGCCUGUCAGACAUGUCGUCUACGCAAGACCCGGUGCGACAACGCCAGGCCCACCUGUAGCUACUGUGCUAUGCAGGGGGUGAAUUGCAUCUAUCCCGAGACGUCACCACUCCCUAGCCAAUCUGGAUAUGAUGCGUCCAAUCAGGAGAUCUUACAACAGCUGAACCAUAUUUCUUCGCUACUGGAAGAUCUCAAGAAUGACAGCUCAUCGGCCGGCUCAUCGACUCGAUCCCUCCAUAGUUCCUUGCUCGAGCUGGCUACGCAAAACCCUAGUCCGCUGACCGAUAUUGGGCUCGGGAUCAGCAAUCUCCGCGGUGGUAGCUCAAAUGGUGAUUACCGUGCAUGCGAGCAUGAUCCUGACUUGCUAUUUGCGGCCAGUUCCGCCGAGCUCAUGCUCCGCUGGCCGAUAUAUGAUAAGGUUGUCACAAGUGCAGAGAAAAAUAUUCGUUCCGUUCUGCUCGAUUCUCUGGAUUCCCGGUCUCAAUCGGGAAUUUCACCAGCCCAACAGUUGCUGCAUCGGCGGAAUCCAGUGAUAGAUAGAAAUAUCUUUGAACGCUAUGUCCGCGAAUUGACUGUCCAUGGGCUGAGUUGGGACGGGCCAUCUUGUCAAGUGCUUCUCGCAUGCGCUUUGGCCUGUUGCACAUCUACUUUCAUUCCUUUGGGAGAGGUCCCCGAGGAUCUAGACUACAUUCCGUCACCCCCUCCAUCGGAUGCUAACAUCGAGCGUGCAGAGGCCUACUUCCACGCUGCAAAACAGCGCUUCGGCUCCCUGCAUACAUCUGUCACGGAUAUCCAGUGCUUCCUCCUCGCUGGCUUCUAUCAUAGACAUUUGGUGCGUCCGUUGGAGGCAUGGUUCUGCUUUCAGCAAGCAUCGUGCAGGCUAGAAGUUCGCCUGGUCUCAUGUUGCAGAGAACAUUGGAAAGCUGAUGCGAACUACCACAACCUGGAGUCUAGACUAUACUGGUCUUGUAUUCAGGCUGAAUGUGAAAUGCAGGGCGAGUUGCCUUUGUGGAGUAGUCGCCUUGAAAAAUUCGGACUCGGGGAUAGGUUUCCAAGCUUCCCGACAUCUUCAUAUUCACCUAAGCAGAUGGGAAGCGAGAACGACGACCCUUUCUUUUUACAGGGUGAUCUUAGUGACACAGACGAGGAGAGAGGCUGGAGGUUCUACAUUGCAACCAUUUUCAACCGUCGCACCGUCAACGACAUGCUAGUGGAUAUGUGGCGAAAUGGAGAAGAUGGAUGGAUAAACAAUGUCAGCAGCAUUGUUGAUCGAACUACCGAAGCUGUGAAAGUAGUUUCGUCCUGGCACCAAAUGUGCCAUAACACCCUUCCACCCCCAUCCUCAACCAACCAAGACAUUGAAUUUUUCCUUCUGGGCCGCUACCAUGUUGCCUGCGAAAAGAUCUACCGCCCCGUCUUCUACCUCGCAAUCCAUUUCCAGUCCCUCCCAAGCUGGGUACAAUCAACUCCCCAACUCUGCGAAGCGGUAUUCACUCAAGCCCAAAAAGCGAUCGACAACUGCGUAAUUCUCCUCCCAAAUUGUUGGUAUCAUUUCCGACAUGAGUGGGUCUGGAACAUCCUGCGCGCUACAUUCUCUUCGGCCAUGCAUAUUCUCGCUGCUGUACUGAGCAAUGUGGCUCUUAUGCGGAACCCGAACCCCGGGGGUUGGGCUUUACGACUACCUAAGAAUUGGGAUGCGCUUGUUAGGCUCGGGAUUCGGAUUCUGAAGUUUUGGGAAAGGGAGUCUGUGGAUGUAGAGAUUAUGAGAGCUAUGCUGGAGAGGAUGUUUCAAGGCACUUGUCGGUUGGUUGGGGCGAGGCCAGGUUGUUUUUCGGGGUCAUAUCUUUUCAAGGUUCAUUACAGGCCAUCUCAUGGGUAA